AUGGAUAUUCUCAUCGUUAAAAAUAUAUCAAGCAAUAAAGCAGAACCAAACUAUGUACAUGAUGGCGGUAUAAUCGCUGCUAUCUUUCUUGCUUUAAUUUCAUUUAUUUUUACUUGUCUUGUUAAUGGACUUGCUUCAACUGGACCUAAUAAGUUUUUUAAUAAAUCAACAGCUAAAUUAGCUUUUCUUGUAUAUUCAAUUGUAAAUAUAUGGCGAAAAACUGACGAUGGUUUUCUUUAUAUUCAUCCAUAUACUUUACAUGUGGCUAUUUUUAUUCUUUUUAUUGCUAAUAUACUUUUAAAUUCAUUUUGGUUAGUCCUGUGGGAUAGACUUAAAUUUGGAUUUUCAACAAUUAUUCUUUAUUUAAUGGUAGCAACUAUUGUCGGUGCUUGUGUACUUGAUCAUAUUUUUCUUUGGCAGACUAGAUGGGAUUUUAUUCGAUUGAAUAAAUCGGGUGAUAUUUGGAUGAUGCGUUUUAUCGUAUUAAAUGGUCAUGCAGUUUAUUCAGCAUGGUUACUUGUUGCUUCAUCACUUAACCUCACUAUUUGGCUGAAAAAUAAAUUACCAUUGAAUGUUGAAGGUUGGGCAACAACAAUUUCUCUUAUUUUACUAACUAUUGGUAUUAUUGUUUAUUGGAUUUUUGAAAAUUUUAUAUUUCCAUCUCCAAUGGCUUAUACAUGGUCUCCGUGGCUAGUUUGUUUUCUCGUCGGUACCACUAAUAUAAUGACAAAUCCGAAAGGUUAUCGUCGGGGUACGCGUCAUUUAUUUGCACGCGAUUUUAAAAAGAAUGGCCGAAUCCCGUUGGCUACUUAUAUGAAAAUCUACAAACGUGGUGAUAUUGUCGAUAUUAAAGGCAAUGGUGCUGUACAAAAAGGUAUGCCACAUAGAUUCUAUCAUGGUAAAACCGGUCGUGUUUUUAACGUAACUCGCCAUGCUGUUGGUAUUAUUGUUAACAAACGUGUUCGUCAUCGAAUUAUUGCUAAACGAAUUAAUGUUCGUAUUGAACAUGUUAAACACUCAAAAUGUCGUGCUGAUUUUCUUAAUCGUGUUAAACUUAAUGAACAAUUGAAACGAGGUGCUAAAGAAUCUGGAAAAAGUGUACCGCUUGCUAGUAUUAAACGACAGCCACAAGGUCCACGUAAACAACAUUUGGUUCGUACACGAGGCAAUAAACCACAAAUAGUCGAACCAAUUCCAUAUCAAUUUGUAGCUUAA